AUGCCGCAGAUCGUGCUGUCUCACAGUCCGGCCAAGCUGCACGGGAUUCGGGAUGAGAAUGCCCGCCUGGUGAGCCACCUCACGCUCAAGCCAUUGGCAAGUGCCUCUGCCUUCCAGGCCGACAUUGCCACGCAUGACAGGGUCCUGGACUGGGCGCAGACCAAUUGUACCCUCCGGCGGCUGCGCACCGAGCGGGAGGUGCUCGCCGCCAACCUGCGCAUGCACCGCAGGAUACAGGCGAUCGUCCCCUCCAGGGACGUGGCCAGGAAGCAGCACGCCGCCGCCUUUGAAGCCAGCCGGGCUCUGGUCUCCCAAAUCUCGGCGGCCAACCACGUCGCAAGCGCCCCUGCCACCCAACGCCAUGUGCCGUGA